GAACCCUCCCUAUAUUAAUAAUUUUUUUAUCAACAAACACUAGUAGGUAGACGCUAAAAAUUUGACAGGUUUUUUUUGGCAACUUUUUUAUAAUUUUCAGCUUUAUUUUAUGGACAUUUUUAAUAAUAUGGUGAAGAAUGCUGUAAAGUAUAUUUUGUAGUAAAAUAUAUAAUGCAAGUAAAUCAGAAGCCGAAAAUUACAAUAGAUGAAGAUUACUUAGAUUUGAGAGAUCAAAGUGAAACUUUGGAUAGUAAGAAGAGUUCGACUGGACAAAGAAGUUCUUCGAGGAAAAACAAAUCACCAGUGCGUACUUUAAAUUUAAAAAACGAAGGUCUACAUUACGAAAAAGAUUAUGAUCCUUCCAGGCUGAUCAAUUGUGGAUUAAGAAAACUUGUAACGUCCUAUAAUAACACAGCUAAUCAACACCAAAGAAGUUAUGGCGCCAAACGAAAAAAUUGGAAUACAGCACACACUUGUGAUCCUAGAUUUCAACGAUAUGUUGAAAAUGAACACAAACAAUGUCUAAAAUCGCAAUCGGAAUUGUCCGUUAUCAAAACACUUAAUAUGGAACCCGUAUCUUCCAGUACACCUCUCUUUAAUAAUAGCAAUAAUUCACCAAAUGAGAACUCAAAAGAAAAAGAAUCAGCAAAAAAUCGUACUACACAGUUAUCCAAUAAUGAUUCAAAAGAAUUUCUUGAAGUUCCUAUAAAAAAAAGUGUAAAGAAACAAAUUUCUGGAGAAACCGAUAAUAUUGAGAAAAAUGUUACAACGAUAAAUGGCGUUAAUACAUACAAGGCAGUCGCGAAUGACCCAUUAAAACGAAACAUAGAUCCUCGAUUAAAAAAUAAAUACUCGAUAUUAAAAAAGGGACCAUGGAAAAGGUCGUGGACAAUUCCGGUUUUUGCUUCAAAGUAUAAUCUAACAAAUAAAAAUCAUUGCGAUGAUUCAGACAGACAAACGUAUCUAUACGAUGAUGGCAGCGAAUUGGAUUCGUCUUAUGUAGAGGGCAAGCAUAAACAGUUUGUAAAAAAAGGCAUACCGAGUCAACUUAUGGCAAUCUUAUUCGUUCUAGGAGCUGCAUGUGGAAUAUUUUUAGCGUCCAUAUUGAUCUAUUUAAUAUUUGGGAACAAUUUGAUUCAGAUCUUCUUCAAGCCCAGAGAAGCACCUGAGCCAGGCUUCAAAAGUUAUUUUAAAGUUUUAGGAGGGAGUAUUAUUUAUGUUAUAACUUCAAUUUUUAGUACUGUAGGAAGAGUUUUGUCUAUACCAACUGUAAAUGUGUAUGAACCCGCUGAACAUAAAUGGACUGACCAUAUAAAUAUUUAAAAAUAUAUUCUUGGAAAUAGCAUGUAUAAUAAAAGUUUUUGUAUAGAUACUUUUUUUAUUUAUUUACUUACAUAAUCUGUAUUGAUUUAGUUGGAACCAUACCAAAGAUAAUAAAAAACAAUUUUUUCACCAAUUUUCUAUUUUAUAUUAUUUUUAUUUAAAUAGUCAAUAAAAAAAACAUAGUACAUCUUAUUGACGUCUAUUGAAUGUGUUGGUGGAUGGUUGAGUCAAUUGAAGUCCACUAAUGUUGUUGAAGUCCAACAUUUUCAACAUUUCUUUAGUCUCUGGGUCAACUUCAAUAAUAUCAUGCUCCAAAGCAGAUACUUCUGGUACGUAGUUAUCACGUCUUUCACGCUCCUCUUCUUGCAAUUUGAUAGAAAUUCCACGCACCUAAAUAAAUAGUAAAUUUGUGAGUGCCUAAGACGUUUCAUCAAAUGUGUAACAAAUCCGGCUAUUUUGUUGCGCAGGGGCUUUGUGGGAAUGAUUGCUAUUUCUUCACAAAUGCGCUUAUUUGUGUGAAAAUCCAAAGUUAAGCGGGUGUAAUAUUUUUCAAUGAUAACUUUGGAAGCUUUCUUCACGGUUUUGGUACGUACGCGACCCAUGUUUUCUAAAGACAAUCUGAGUUCAGAAAAACGUGGUCAAAAGAAGUGACUUUGUCAAAAAGACCGUUAGGUGGCGCCGAUGUCCGGCUGUCAUAUAUCAAAUAAAAUGUCAACUUUGGAAUCAUAAGGCGGCGUAGUGUUUCCGGUUUCCAGUGACGUACUAUUAUAAGAGGGUAGAAAAGAGAAGUUACUGAAAACAAUAUUAAUUUUAUUAUCACGUCGCUGGCUGACUAUGAAACGUAUUUAAAACACCGAUCAUGGCGGAACAGUAAUUAGACGAAGACCCAACUCGUAGCGCUCGAGUCCCAUCUAGACGAUGGGAUAUAUAAACUGAAUUAAUGGCAGGAGUAAGGGCCGAUUCCACCGUUAUGGUAAACGAAGUUUAAAAAAAUGACAUUUUUACAUUAACAAUGUCA